CUACGUCGAAACUCAAACCAAUAUUGGACUGUUAGAUUUUCUGAGGAAACCUGAAAAUGAGUUCAUGAAUCAGCUAUGUCCAUUUCAUCCAGAUUCCACGGAAUUAUUGUCAAAAAGUUAUCCUAUCAUGGUUCAAGUAAACAUUUUUUACUGUGGUGGUAUUGCCAUUUGCUUGAGUGCUUCCCACAAGAUUUUUGAUGGUCUCUCAGUUUCUACAUUUAUGCAAUCUUGGGCAGCUACAGCACGCGAAUCAACUGUACAAAUAAAUCCAAGUUUUAUUUCAUCUUCCUUAUUUCCUCCUAUUUUGGAUAUGUACCAAGAUUCACCUCCUGUGGUCUCCAAACCACAAAAGAACGAGCCUAAAUAUGCUACAAGCAGAUUUGUGUUCGAUAGCUCGGCCUUGGCUGCUCUUAAAUCCAAGGCAGCUACAUCAACAUCUUCCGCGAAAUCAAGUUCAGCCAAGGCUGUUAUGGGACUUCUAUGGAAAUCUGCCAUAGCAGCUUGGAAAGUAAGGUCUGUUUUGUUUAUCCCGGUGAAUCUGAGGACAAAAGUUUCGCCCCCUUUAUCACCUCAUUCACUAGGAAAUAUCGUUUGGUUGGCUCGUGCUAAAUGUUGUGACAAUCCUAAGCUAGAGCUGGAAUUGCUGAUAAACAAGAUCUCAAAUUCCAUUGGUACAAUGAACGCUGAUUUUGUUGAAUCUAUAAAUGGUGAGAAUGGGAUUCAGAAGCUGAUGGGAGCCUUAAAAGAUUUCCAUGAAGUGUUCUAUGACCCUAAUAGUAUGGCUGAAUGUAUCUAUAUCAGCAGCAUCCGCAAGACUGGAUUUUAUGAGGCUGAUUUUGGAUGGGGAAAGCCCAUAUGGACAUGCAUUGCGCGUGGAAACAGAGAUUUACACGGAUUGGGAAAUAUUGCUCAUCUGAUCGAAACAAAAUCUGGUGAUGGGAUUGAAGCAUUGGUGACCAUGAAAGAAGAGUACAUGGCUACACUGGAGAAAAAUCAGGAGCUUCUCCAUUAUGCUUCUUUAAAUCCUAGCCCUCUUGAUUCACGCUAG